AGAAUCGUGCUUACCUCGAAAUCCAAUAGCCACCACUGUACAGUAACACUCACCACCCUGCUCCAUAAACCCUAGAUCUCUCCACUUGAGCGAUGUCGCUUGACAAAUCCGCUCUAAACCAGACGAAGCCGCUCCGGUGGGGUGAGCUUGAUGAGGACGACGGUGAGGAUUUAGACUUCCUCUUGCCGCCCAAACAAAUAAUAGGCCCCGACGAGAACGGGAUCAAGAAGGUAAUCGAAUACAAGUUCAACGACGACGGUGAUAAGGUUAAGAUAACGACAACGACCCGUGUCCGGAAGCUUGCCAAGGCCAGGUUGAGCAAGAGAGCAAUGGAGCGCAGAAAUUGGGCUAAGUUUGGAGACGCCGUCCAUGAGGAUGUUGGAAGUAGGCUUACGAUGGUUUCCACUGAGGAGAUCCUUCUCGAAAGACCUAGAGCUCCAGGUGCCAAAGUGGAAGAAACUAAGUUGCCUGGGGAUAACUUGGCCCAGUUAGGUAAAGGUGGAGCUGUACUCAUGCUGUGUAGAACUUGUGGUAAGAAAGGUGACCACUGGACAUCACGAUGCCCCUAUAAGGAUCUUGCUUCACAGCCUGAAGGCUUCAUUGAUAAACCGGCUGCAUCAGAGACUGUUGCUACUGCUGCUGGAGCCAUCAAGGGUGCUUAUGUGCCACCAAGCAUGAGAGCAGGUGCAGAAAGAACUGGUGGAUCAGAUAUGAGGCGUAGGAAUGAAGAGAAUUCAGUUCGUGUAACCAAUUUAUCAGAGGACACUAGGGAGCCUGACUUACUUGAACUGUUCCGUACAUUUGGUCCUGUGAGCCGAGUUUAUGUUGCUAUUGACCAGAAGACUGGUGUCAGCAGGGGUUUUGGCUUUGUCAACUUUGUAAACAAGGAAGAUGCUGAGAGGGCUAUCAACAAACUUAAUGGAUAUGGUUAUGACAAUCUAAUCCUUCGAGUUGAAUGGGCAACACCCAGAUCUAACUAGAUAAAUAGAGUUGCCCUUUGAUAUCUUCUGGUGAGCACAGUUUUCCUCUUUUCAUUCUCUUCUUGGGGCCUCCUUCUUGUUCUCCCAAAUCUUUGUUGAUAAAAGUUAUUUAUAUUUAAGAUUUUGUUGUUGAUACAAGAUCACAUAUUGCUCUUUUUGAUAUUUUGUUA